UUCUUGUCUAUCUGCUUAGAAAUGUUGUAAUUUCCAUUCACAACCGUCAGAUUAUCGCCCUUUACACAUAGCUAUCCAAUACUACUACUAGACAUAAAUAGCUGCUGUGAGGCCUAUUCUUAGAUCAGAAAAAGAAGCACUAGAAUACCAUUAAGCAAACUGAGAAAGAUGAUGAGCAUUCAUUGGCUAUCGACAGCUCUAGCCUUGGCUGCAGUCUGGUUUUUCCUUCAAGACUUGUUCUUGAUGAAGAAGAAAAAGAGAUUUCCUCCAGGUCCAAAAGGGCUUCCUGUUAUAGGAAAUCUGCAUCUGUUAGGCAAGAAUCCUCACCAUGAUUUGGCAAAACUAGCCAAAAAACAUGGCCCUUUAAUGUACAUGCGAUUCGGUUAUGUCCCAGCAAUUAUUGCCUCAUCCCCUGAAGCAGCUGAAAAGUUUCUCAAGACUUACGAUCAGGUUUUUGCUAGUAGGCCUUAUCAUGAAGCUUCUUGGUACGUUAGUUAUGAGCAGAGGAACUUGACGUUCGGCCAAUAUGGACCGUAUUGGCGAAACAUGCGUAAGCUUUGCAUUCUGCAGCUGCUCAGUAGCCACAAAAUCAAUUCAUUUCUGCCGAUGAGAAGAGAAGAGGUUGGAACAUUGGUUAAAUCACUCAAACAGGCUGCCUCAGAUGGUGCUGCUGUUGACCUUAGUGCAGCAAUUUCUUCCUUGGGUGCAAAUAUGAGUUGCUUGAUGAUAUUUGGGAAGAAAUAUAUGGACAAGGAUUUUGAUGAUAGGGGGUUUAGAGAUGUUAUUCAAGAAGGACUUCAUGUUGCGGCCAUGCCAAACCUCGGUGACUACUUUCCUCUACUUGGUGUGCUUGACCUUCAGGGACUUACUCGCCGGUUUAAGGAUCUUGCCAAGGUGUUUGAUAAAUUUUUUGAGAAAAUCAUUGAUGAGCAUCUACAGUCUCAGGAGCACAAGCAAACCAAGGACUUUGUAGACAUCAUGAUGGGAAUUAUGCAAUCUGGAGAAGCUGAGUUUGAGUUCGACCGUAGUCAUGUCAAAGCCAUCUUGUUGGAUUUGCUUGUAGCCUCAAUGGACACCUCAGUCACGGCAGUUGAAUGGGCGAUCUCAGAACUCCUCAGGCAUCCUGAGGCAAUGAGGAAACUCCAGAAAGAAUUGGAAGAAAAAGUCGGAUUGGAGAGGAUUGUAGAGGAAUCAGACAUUGAAGGCCUAGAAUAUUUGGACAUGGUUAUCAAAGAAUCCAUGAGGCUUCAUCCUGUGGCCCCACUGUUGCUCCCCCAUGAGUCAAUGGAAGAUUGCACAGUUGAUGACUUCCACAUUCAGAAAAAAACGCGGAUCAUCAUAAACAUAUACACAAUCGGACGCGAUCCAAAUGUCUGGCCUGAUCCUGAGACCUUCAACCCUGAAAGAUUCAAAGAUAGCAAUAUAGACCUUCGGGGCCAAGAUUUUCGACUCAUACCAUUUGGCUCAGGCAGAAGAAGUUGCCCUGGUUUACAGUUGGGGGUCCUCCUUGUUCGUUUUGUGCUGGCACAGUUGGUGCAUUGCUUCAAUUGGGAACUUGCAGAUAACAUUCAGCCAACUGAUUUGGAUAUGUCUGAGGCUUUUGGUUUAGUAACCUCAAGAGCAAAGCAUUUAAAGGUUGUGCCUACUUGCCGAUUACAAAAAUGAGUAAAGAGGGUGGACUCAACUUUUAUCUAUCUCUGUCUAGGUCUAUACUCUCUUUAGAAGUAUCACCAAUUUUAUUUGAUUAAGUGUAAGCAAAAUUUGGUUUUUGUUUC